AUGUCUAAAACUAAACCGAAGACUCCUUCUCAUCCCAAAUAUGAGGACAUGAUCACAGGGCCCAAAGCUACCAUUAAACUAGUUAAGAAGGAACCUGCUAAAAAAGAAAAAGAAAUCGAUGAGAAAAAGCCUAAAGCGGCCAAAAGGGUUGAAAAGAACGAAGCUAAACCUAAAGCUGAAAAGAAGGCUAAAAAGAAAAGUAUUGCAAAAAAAACCACCAAACCUACUAAACCUACUAAACCUGCUAUAAAGAAACCGGCAAAAAAACCCCCAAAUCGGAGAUCCACUAAGACUGUUGAAAAGAGAGCUGGUCUGAGAAGAUCCUCGAGGCUUUCUAAAUGA